AUGGAUCCAGUUACAGACGAUUGUGCGCAGUUGAUGGAAGAAGAAGGCGGGAUCAGCAUAACCUACCGUCUCCGUCCGCACUGCACAGGGAACAAAUGUCGAGCGAUUGCCGGCGUUACUUUGAUUGUGCUACUUAUAAUCAUUGGGAUCGUUGUGUUUGGUGUUGUAUUCGGCAUCAAAAACAACUCUCCGAAGUACAACUCUGUGAAAGGUACUUAUUUGUCAUUUUAGAAUGUAACCUAAUGCAUUGAGCUUGUAGACAUUUGUCAUUCUAAUAUAUUGAGCUUGUAGAUUCAUUACUUAAGGCCUCGCCCAUCGGGCCACGUGUAGAAAGCAGCCAUGGCUGCAUGCAGAUUCUAGGAUGAAUUGUAUUAAUAUAGAGCAAUCGUAGAUUUAGCUUAUAUACUGAUCGAUGCCAGUUCAGUUAAUUUAAGCCAAGGAGGUGGCAUGAGAAAAAAUGCCAAAAUGCCAUGUAAACCCCAAUUUCUUUUGAUUUACAGACAAAGGUAAUCUGUGACGUGCGGCAGUACUCCGAAAAAACCUGAUAAAUCGGUACUUAUAGUUUCACGAUGACCGAAGCAAGCAAUUUACGGUAGAUUUGUUUUAAAAUACUCAUAUUAGUAUCCCGUUUUUAAGCAGAAACAAACUGGCUCUCGAAGAAAAAAAAUGCAACCGUCAUUUAUCAAUCAUUGUCGUCCUUUAUUCCAAAUAACGAAAUAAUUUGUUCUCACUCUACUGCCGGUCAAAUAUACCUUGUUGAUAAUUGUCGGUCAUGAGAGAUUCUACUUUUAUAUACCACCUUCAAUGAGCUAUACCUUGCGCAUUCCAAAGCCAUUAUAUAUUAAAAUAUGUACCUUCCUUAUGUGAAUUUGGAAUAUGAUUGGAGCCUUUAAACAGUUGUUUAUUAUCAAUGAAAAUGUAAAACCGAAACACGUACCUCGGAGAGAGUACGGGAAUUUUAAAAGUACAGGCCUUACGUAUUUACUGACAUUUCGAAGUCUCCUCGAAUGCAAAAUUUGUAAAGCUCUUUAAUUUAUACCAGCUUAUCAUAUGCCUCUUACUCCGUUAAGCAAUUAACGACAAAAUGAAAAGGAAAAUUGAAAAGUAACGAACCUCGUUGCUUUCCGAAACGGCAACCUUCUCUUAUCACUACUUUCGGUUUCUGAUGAUUUUUAGGGACGUUAAGUCCCAGACAUAGUUCCGCUAACAAUUGCGGGACUUUGAAGAACAAUCUAGAUAUUGCUCACAUCGCGGAUCGGCAAUUUUAUAUAAGUAAUGGACAGAGCAGAACAAAAUUACGAGAUUUCUGAUGAUUACUUUAAGCCUUAGCAAUUCCCCAGUGAACCACCAUCAUAAGCCAUACCAGCAUGCAGGUACAAGCAAAAUUGAAGCCUGUUUAUUGGAAAAUGCAAGGCGUUUUAAACAACUGCAAAAUGUAGACAAAAAUUUGCUCAAAUCACGUUAACGCAAUAUAUCACAGAGGAGGAACAAACUUUCCAAUAAACUGUCUUGACAGGCUUUUCCUACAUCGAUUUUUUUUUUCUCAAAUGCCUAUUUCAAUGUAAUCAAUGUAAUUUCGAUUACCGUACAAAAUUCUCAUGCGCGCCAUUUCACGUGCUUGAUAUUGGUAGACAAAAAGUCUUUUAAGUGCACGGCUAGGCAUGCAAAUGGGUCAAAAGGCAAGCAAAUCGCUGAAAAAUCAAAGAGAUAGAACGAACAAUUGAUCGAAAAUGCUGUUUAAUAGGAAAUUUUUUUUCGUAUAAUAGGUUUUUCUUUUCAUAGUAAAAGAAAUGUUGACCCUAGUCUCUCACCAUAGCAAAAAAAUUAAAAAAAGGAGAACUAGCUUACCACUUUCCAUUUAAAUUUUAUGGUUCAACAAGUCGCAACACUAAACAAACGCACUUGAAUUGCAUGCAGUCUUUUACCAUGACUGAGCGAUUUCUCACACGCUGAUUGGUCGAGAGCUACGUUCGUUAAGAGUACAGGGCAUAGAAAUGACGUGAUGGUGGCGCAAUUCCAGCAAAAAUAAAAGUCGAAACUGUCAAUAUUAUGGUAAAAAACCAAUCGACAAUAACUGUCCAUGGUCUGUACUCUUCUCGACCAUAGAAAUGAAGUCAAAAUGUUCAAAACUUUUCAAUGAAACCAUUCGCCUGCGGCUUGUGGUUUCACAUGAGUGUUGAACAUUUUGACAUCAUUUCUAUGGUCGAUAUUAGAGUACAGAGGCAUGGAAAAUUCUUGGCAUUUCGAAUUGUUAAUUACCUCAAGUCACACGGUUCACACAAUGAAUGUAAACCAGCUAGUGGGAUCAAUCAGUCAUUUACAGGCAUGGCUAGUCACAAGUUUAUUAGUUAAUUAACCCCCUCGGAAGUACAUGCAAAUUCUACAUACCCCCCACCGUGAUACUAGUGGGGGGGGGGGGGUGGAAGGAACCCCUCCGAAGAGUUUUUGAUAUGUUGCGGUAUUUCAAACUGAUUUUGCCUUCAGUGUACAGUCUUUGAUCUACCAAUUCUCUCAAAAAGAUGAGGUAUAUUUUAUGGGUGAUGGCCCUGCUGGAGGCCUGUGACGUCACCAACAAUGGUCGCAAUCUUGGCCGCGAUCUUGGAUUUUACCAAGAAUUAGAAAUCAGGUGAAAACCAAGAUCAAUGGAAAUUCUAGUGUGCUGAACAUGUCAAAAACACAUAAAUAAGCACCAUUUCAUCCACAAGCUUUACUUUUAUUGUUGAAAGAAGUUGAAAAAACAUGGAUUUUCACUCAAAAAUGGCUUGAACACCUGCUACUUAUGACGUCAUAUCUCGUAACCAUAGUAACCGAUCAUCACUUAACUUGCCUCAAAAUGCGCGCGAGGGAUAAACGCACAGCUACUGUAAACGUCAGGGGUUAAUGUUUUAUCGUCCAGGAAAAAAAAUCAAAAAACCUGAGAGGGGUGUGGCAACCCAUUCCCCCUCCCCCUUGUACGUCCAAGGGUAUUCAUGGAACAGGUCUAGUUUAGUGCACUUAUGAGUAGCGUUAGUGUGUUUACUGAGGAGGCCUUUGCCGAUACGUAUUAAUUUUUAUUAGAAAUUAUCAGGUUUAGCUAUAUUUUCUAUUGUACCAACCUGGGCGCAGUUGUUCGAAUGCCGAUUAGCGCUUAACCCAGGGUUAAAUUUAAGCCAGGUCUCUUUUUUUUUGGUCCGAAAGCAUUUUCUCGGAAAAUUUUCUCUGUUCUUUUUAAGAGCAUCCAAUCAUCAAGUUGUUGACAGAAAGAAUUAAAUUGAAUUUACCUUUUAAGCUUUCAUAUCUGAAUGCAAAUUUCGCGUCAACCCUGGGUUAUCUUAACCCAGCUUUGAAUAACCCGGCCCUGGUGAAUUCUUAUCGUGUUCAAUUAAAUAAAGAUCUGAUUAAUUUAAUACCAAUUAUCUGUCUUAUAGUUUACCUUAAUGCGAUUAGUAUCUCUUUGCUCAACCAUAACUUCCCUGAUUGAAAACGUACUCCGUUAGCUGGCUCUAGUAAGUAACGUUUCGCUGCAGGGCUUUUCUUUAGACCAAACAAAUAUAAAAAUAAAAACAAAAUAAAGAUUUGUUAAUAAUGGAAAGUGCGCCUAGCUUAUCCUGCUACAUGUAGUUUACAGGCCCUCUAUUCAAAUAAUUAUAGAAACAUAACAGGAUAAAAAAAACAACAACUGGCAGGAGGCAACCAUUUGGCUAUUUACAAGAGUGGCCGAAGAUUGAAAUCCAGCAAGUGGCCAGAGCGGGACUCAAACCCGGGCCCAACGGAUGGUGGGUUCGAUUCUUUGGCUCCCUUACUACAGUAAGGGCUAGUUCACAACUGCAUGAGCCCGAGUGGAAUGUUUGAAUUUACAGUGCAACAAUAGGCUAUUUCCGAGUGCCCCGGGCCUCUGUAUCAAAACAAGGUUACGUACUCAGUCUAGCUUUGAUAAGGGAAUUAUUUUUCAUUCUCAUGCUAAGUAAAAGUCAUUUUCACAAGAAAGAUUGUGCACUUGGCCUCAUUUUGAAAGUGAGAGUUUUUGGAACUCACAAGUGGCCUUUUUAAACACUUCAAAGACCAACCCAUUUCCAAGUUCUUGUCUCAUUACUCAGCGGUACCUGCACCAGUACCAACUUCCCAAGAGCAGCAGACGACAUCGAAGCCAUGGACACCAACACCACCAGCGAUCAUUUGUAACACUUCAGCGUGCACUGACAUCUCUCAAGGUUGGUGUUUGAAGCAUUUUAAUUUUUUGCACUUCGAUCUCCCUGUAAGAGAGCCUCUGCUCUCAGGGUACCCUCUCUUUGGCUCUGUUACUAAAGGAAGGGCUAAUCUGCACCGUUGCGAGCUGCAUGAGCCCAAGUGGAAUGAAACAGUUCUUUCAUUGAUAGAUACUGUGUUUGCAGGGCUAUUUGGUACUUCAAGACCCAAACAGAUCUUAUGAGUUUGCAGUGUAUGAGGGUAUACUAUGACAACAAAUACUAUCUACAUAAGACCAAAUCAAGACUCAUAGCAUGAUCAUGCUUAAUGCAUUUCUGGAUCAUGUCUAAUACAUUUCUACAUAUCGAUUUUGUCAUGAUUUCAGAUAUCUCCAGACAGCUAAACAAAGCAGUGAAUCCUUGUGAUGAUUUUUACUCUUACACUUGCGGAGGAUUUUUCAAAAGUCAUGAGCUCAGAGAAAAUCAAAGCAAGGAAACGGUCUUGUCUAUCCUCAACGAUGACAAUAUGAGAGUUAUAAGGCAAACGUUACAGAAUGGUACUUCUGUUUACCCUCAGGUUUGAAAUACUGAAAGUUUUUUUUAGUUUGCUGACUAUUUACCUUUUUAAUCCACGAAACCAUGUCAGGACUGGUGGGGAUAUAAACUUCAUACCAGGUCCAUGAAUUCCCUGCUAAAACUAGACAAAGUUAAAGAAAACUGAAGUGAGGCUUAUUUUCUGCAAUGUCAAAGAACAAGCUACUGGUAUUAUUUAAAAUGGCAAAGUUAAGAGUUUUAAUUUGAAUAGACCUCUAAAUAGUCACACCAGAACUUACAUCUGCGGUCGUCAGAGUAAAAGAGGCUUGGUCUUCGAAAUAUCCCUGGUCCCAUUUCUAGCAUUUCAGAAUCCGAUAUCUUAAUUCAAAAUGAAUAGAAAAUAAACCAAAGUGCUUUUCUUAGACGCACUUUGGUAUGCGAACAAGCUCUCUUAACAAGUAAGUAACGUUUCGCUGCAGGGCUUUUCUUUAGACCAAACAAAUAUAAAAAUAAAAACAAAAUAAAGAUUUGUUAAUAAUGGAAAGUGCGCCUAGCUUAUCCUGCUACAUGUAGUUUACAGGCCCUCUACUCAAAUAAUUAUAGAAACAUAACAGGAUAAAAAAAGAAAAAAACUGGCAGGAGGCAACCAUUUGGCUAUUCACAAGAGUGGCCGAGGAUUGAAAUCCAGCAAGUGGCCAGAGCGGGACUCGAACCCGGGCCCAACGGAUGGUGGGUUCGAUUCUUUGGCUCCCUUACUACAGUAAGGGCUAGUUCACAGCUGCAUGAGCCCGAGUGGAAUCUUUGAAUUUACAGUGCAACAAUAGGCUAUUUCCGAAUCCCCCUGGCCUCUGUAUCAAAACGAGGUUAAGUACUCAGUCUUUGAUAAGGGAAUUCUUUUUCAUUCUCAUGCCAAGUAAAAGUCAUUUUCACAUGAAAGAUUGUGCACUUGGCCUCAUUUUGAAAGUGAGAGUUUUUGGAACUCACAAGUGGCCUAUUUAAACACUUCAAAGACCAACCCAUUUCCAAGUUCUUGUCUCAUUACUCAGCGGUACCUGAACCAGCACCAACUUCCCAAGAGCAGCAGACGACAUCGAAGCCAUGGACACCAACACCACCAGCGAUCAUUUGUAACACUUCAGCGUGCACUGACAUCUCUCAAGGUUGGUGUUUGAAGCAUUUUAAUUUUUGCACUUCGAUCUCCCUGUAAGAGAGCCUCUGCUCUCAGGGUAUACUCUCUUUGGCUCUCUUACUACGGUAAGGGCUAAUAUGCACCGUUGCAAGCUGCAUGAGCCCGAGUGGAAUGAAAUAGUUCUUUGAUAGAUACUGGGUUUGCAGUGCUAUCUGACACUUCAAGGCCCAAACCGUUCUUAUGAGUUUGCAGUAUAUGAGGGUAUACUAUGACAACAAAUAUUAUCUACAUAAGACCAAAUCAAGACCAAUAGCAUGAUCAUGCUUAAUAAAUUUCUACAUAUCGAUUGUGUCAUAAUUUCAGAUAUCUCCAGACAGCUAGACAAAGCAGUGAAUCCUUGUGAUGAUUUCUACUCUUACACUUGCGGAGGGUUUUUCAAAAGUCAUGAGCUCCGAGAAAAUCAAAGCAUGGAAACGGCCUUUUCUAUCCUCAACGAUGACAAUAUGAGAGUUAUAAGGCAAACGUUACAGAAUGGUACUUCUGUUUACCCUCAGGUUUGAAAUACUUUUUUUUUUUUUAGUUUGCUGACUAUUUACCUUUUUAAUCCACGAAACCAUAACAGGACUGGUGGGGAUAUAAACUUCAUACCAGAUCCAUGAAUUCCCUGCUAAAACUAGACAAAAUUAAAGAAAACUGUAGUGAAGCUUAUUUUCUGCAAUGUUGAAGAACAAGCUACUAGUAUUAUUUAAAAUGGCAAAGUUAAGAGUUUUAAUUUGAAUAGACCUCUAAAUAGUCACACCAGAACUUACAUCUGCGGCUGUCAGAGUAAAAGGGACUUGGUCUUCGAAAUAUCCCUGGUCCCAUUUCUAGCAUUUCAGAAUCCGAUAUCUUAAUUCAAAAUGAAUAGAAAAUAAACCAAAGUGCUUUUCUUAGACGCACUUUGGUAUGCGAACAAGCUCUCUUAACGCGGUCAACGGGGCAAACAAGUUGCCAGGCUCUCCGGCCCAGGUCGAGGCAAGUUUCUAGGCUUUUGGUAUGUAUCCACCGUUACUAUGACAACUAUUACUAUAACUCACGUAUGAACUAAUAUAAUAAUGUAUUUCCCCAAGGCACUUACUCAAAGUUUCGGCUAAGAGUUGGAAGGUGGGAUAGGGGAGCCUAUUUCAUGGAGGCAUAAAUCUUUUAUGCUUCUUGAUUAUUGUCACUCCCAGAUAACAAAAAAAAUACUAGUCUAACCAACUGUAUUGGUUACAGAGCUCAUCCAUAAGGAAAACCAUCCAAAUUUACAACUCUUGCGUAAAUACAGCUGCUAUCAACAACCGAGGAAUAGCACCCUUAGUAAGCUUGAUAGAGAAGUACGGUGGAUGGAGUGUAACGGGACAUGGACUAAACUCCUGGACAGUUCAAGAAAAAAUGGGACACAUCCAAAGAGACCUGAAUGUACAGACUUUGCUGUCUGUAUCGGUUAGGACGGAUUUCAUGGAUUCCACUCGUAACAUUCUUAUGGUAUGCAAAACAUUUAACGAGUUGUGGCAUGUUAGAAACCGCAAAACAGCCAAAGAAUCCCAGAGCAAUCCACCCUUUCAGGGAUCCAAGUUCUGUUUGCUUAAAACCGAAAACCUCACUGAAUAAUAAAUCCAAAGCACCGCUUAGAUGUUGAUUAAAAUUGAAUACCAACUACUAAAAUAAAAGAAAACUACAAAAAAGCAAGAAUCAAAACCGAAAAGGCUUUGAAAAAUGAUCACUUCCGCAAUCUGAAAUUUCCACUGUCCUGCAGUGCUCCGCAAGGAAGUAGGCAGGUAGUUGACUUAACAAGCGAAUCACAUAAAACAACAGUCUUUUAAAUGACGAACAUAUGGCCUUAGUUCCUUGAUCGCAAGGGAUUGUGGAGAACGGAAACCUGUAAGUAUCUGAAAAAAAACUUCUGCAAUCAGCAAGUUGAACUCACAUUUAGUCUCCCUCGAAGCCGUUUUUGUUUCGUGUGAUGAGACAAAAACGGCUGCGAGGGAGACUAAACUCACAUUUAAAGGGCAGAAACGACAAUCGAACCACACCUUUAGCUUAGACCUCUUUUUAAAUACCUCCGCACAGUUCAUGCUUUGUAAGGGAGGUUGCUACAAUACAGGUCAGAUAUUAUUGAGUUUUCAUAUGCGAAUUUAUAAUAUCAGCUAUCAUUCAGAUGGUUCUAUCAAAUCUAUUUACUAGAUUAGUCCCUCAGUGCUUGGUAUGAGUGCGAGCUACUAUGACAAAUACACGGAGGAUCCUGAGAUAUUAAAGGUUGGUUUAUGAAACAUUUAUUUCAGAAAAAAAAUGGGUAUGAAUCAUGCUUUGCAAAAUUACUACCGUGUACAUCGUGCGAUUCCAUAGUAAGAAGGAAGAAAAUUAAUUACUACCUUCAUCAAAGACUUAAAGUAUAGCACAAUUCAGAUUAUAUUUUAUCAAUCUCGUUAUAAAUGCAGUAGAUAAAGCUUCUAAUUUGAAGAUUAGUAAUAUUUAUAAUAUAUAUCACCCAUUUUGCGCAAAUUAACAUAUGGGUUCCCCUGCGGAUAAUAUCAGGCAGUCUCUAGCGCGCAGACUCACCACUGAUGCCUCUCUUGUAUUAAACUAGUACUUCCUAGAAGUAGACGCCGGUUUUUUUGCCAUCAUUUUAUCCCACUUCUGAGGCAAACAACAGCUAUAAAAAAAGAAACUUAAUGAGGCUGUUCUUGCAGUUACGCUGCAUUCUGAAGCCUAAGAAGUACUAGUUAAAAUACUUGAGCAAAAGCUCUGCCUUUGGAACCAAUUUGCUUUUCCCAAGGUGGUUCGAAGUCAGCGCAUGUAUCGCACAUGUGAAAUAAAAUGAGAAGACUAUAUUUAAAGUUAAUUGGUGAAUAUUUUAAUAUUCAUUAAUUAGCUGAGAAGAAGAUUACAAAAAAGUUAACUAUACUGUUUGAUAAUUAAUCAACCAAGCUGAUUCAGUUGUGUUGGGGUUUACAGAGGUCGGGGGGGAGGGUACUCCCUAUAAUGGCCUGUAAGGGGAGGCUCCGCCCGAAAAGAAUUCCUUUUUCAGGCUUCAGGUAUAUGAAAGGGUAGGAAUUUCGCUAGUUAAAGUAUGUAAAAGGGUAGGGAGGGUAGGGAAGUCUGUCAUCAUGGUCAGUAAAAAGGCCCAAAAUGGCUAUCAGAUGAAUUUUAUGGCUUUAAAAAGUCGAAAACACGUUCUGGUUUUGUGAUUGAUUCGUAUUUAAAAUACAGUGCAUUUCAGGAGUUAAAAGGGACUUAGACAAUCUAAAAGUCCUUUUUUUCCUGGUUGGUUACGCCAUUUUAAAGGACUUUUCAUACCUGUUUGGCGCGAAACUCACCGGUCAAAAAUUCUACCGGUGACGUCAUGACAAAUGACCAAUAGGACAGUAAGUGAUAUUUCACGCGGCUCCCAAUACAGAAUAUUUUAAUCAUUUUUUUCCCGCGUGAAUUUAUAAUAUGAUUCAAAUCCAUUCGAGCGAACUUGACAAAUCGACCUCGAGACUUGCUCGGUUGCUGGGCGACUUAUUAGAGACUUAUUAUUAAGUCUAAAAGGGAUUCAAAGUUCUAAACUAGGUAUGUGAAAGGGGCACCAUUUGUCAAUAGAAGGAAUACGAAAGGGGUACCUUUUUCGUGAAAAAUGAAAAUGAUACACAAAAGGGUAAAAAAAAACUUUUUUGAGCCCCCCCGGGACACAGGCUCACGUGUGACUCCAAUUCUACCCAUUAAUUUGUCAAAGAUUGAACACAUAAUGAUAAUUGAAUUUUGCCAACUCCAUCACUCAUUUCCUUUUUUUUCCUUUACAUUAAGAUUCAACGCGCGUACAAAAAGUACAUGAAAACUAUUGCACGUCUACUUGGAGGAGGAUCAGAUGCAAAGCAGAAGAUGAUGCGUAUAUAUAACUUCGAAAGAGACAUUGCCAAUGUAAGUUAUGUUUCAGAUAUCGUAAUAAAUUGAAGGAGGAAAGACUAAAAACGAUUGUUCCCCUAACAAAAAUCUAACUGUCGCAACCACUCAUUGGUGAGAUGCCAGAGUAAAUUUGGUGCAGUGGACUCCUUCACGGUCUUUUCGCGUGGACCAGUUACCGAAAAUCCGUCUACAGUGGCAGUGUCUAUACCAAUAAAGCUCGUAUACGAGAUGCAGAACUUUUUAGGGGAAGCCACCCACUAUUUUCGCGCAGUUGCUGACAGGACAAAAACCAACGCAUACAAAUGUAAUGUUUUGCACUUAGAAACUUGAUGAACGCCUCAAUCAUAUAAAUAUAAAAAUUUAAAGUUAGCUUGGGGACAAUGUGAGGUGCAUGCUCCCUUCAUGUUAUGCGGCGAACUCUUCGUUCCUGUUUCGAAAUAAAACAUUUUACACUCCAGAAUCGACUGAUUUAAGACAGACUGUUAAGAAUCCACCUGCUUAUAUCCGCGAAUGUCCCAUGUGUUAUACUAUAUAUUUUCCAGUUGGCCACUGGCAAAGCAUUCUCAUAUGACUUGGUAGAAUCCCUUGAGCAGUACUAUCACUCAAGACGAUCCUUGGGCUCAUCAGUGGACAAGACCAUACGUGAAUUUUGCUGGGACUCAACUUUCGACGUACGUAAAUGGAGACUCCCAGGAGAACCGGGAUACUUUUUAAAGUAUUUUUUUUAACUGAAGGAUUACUUAUCCCGAAAUUCUAAUUGGUGGCAAAUUCAAUUAAGUUUUUAAGGAAUUUAGAGUUAAGGACUUCUGUUCCAAGAAUUUCGCGGGAAACUUAUUUGGCAUAAUUAUUACAUCAAUAAAAGCCGAUACCAGAAAUUUUAGAAAAAAAAACGUCAGCAAAAUGUUUUACAAGAUAAAAAAAUAUAUAUAUAAAUAUAUUUUUUACCAGUUAAAUAUAAGUAUUAUUUCAUAUUGUUGAUAACUGAUAUCUGCAGCUUUUUUAAAAAGUUUCGUAGUCAUCGCCUUAAUAGAAACAAAAAAGCUAUGACAAAACGUUGGUCAUAGAACUUGCAAGUUAGUUGGCGGAUAACAAGCAUUCUGUUUUCAACUUUGCUGGCACUUAUUUCCUGUCAUGUUGCUUGCAAUGAAAUCAAUAUUUCGAUCAGUUGCCUACAACAAUAAGCUAUUUUAGAAGUAAGCUAAAUCCUAUGCAGAUUGUGGGAACGUUUGGUUCAAAACGAGGGCGUGCAAAACGGCUUCGGGAUCGUUUAGCCUGCGUAGUAUGGCAGUUUAGGUGGGGCGCGUAAACAAGCUAAGGCGGGCGAGGACGGUAAAAACGCGAGGAGAUUUGACCGGGAACAUUGAGAACCCCACCCCCCACUGACUCGCGGCCUUGAGGAGCACGCCCGACAAAACAGCCAUGUUACGCAGGCUAGGGUUGGUCCAGGGCUUACAAGUGCCAAGUGGAGCAACAUACAAGCAAGCCUAGCUGGCUAUCGAAGAAGAAGGAAAAGAAAACUAGAAGUUUAAUAGGAAAUUUAAACCGCAGUAGCUUAUUCUUGUGAAUGGUUGAAUCUGAAUCGAAACAACCACACCGAAUUCGUGUGGACGAAAAUAAUAUUAUGCGAUCAUAAGUCUACCCGUAUUCGGUGGACAGGGCCUUAAUAGUCAUCGAAAUGUAAAUAUACGUUUUCAAUCGUCUACACGAAAGUUCGCAAAUCCGUCGGAUCUAAAAAAAAAAACUGAAAAGUCUAGGAGAGUACUUUAAGAAAGAUAGGGUUUCGGCAAGAGAGAUCCGAUGAGUCCAGGGCGGUAAGUAGAUUCACUGCAUGAUUUCCCUGUGAAUGGAAGGCCGAUUUACGUAAAACAAUAUGCGGUUUCAAAAAUUUCCGGAUUCGUGUGAACCGGGCCUAAUUUAUGGGAGGGAUACUGUUGAACAACUUCAACCCAAAGGUUUUGCCUUUUUUUUUCUCAUUAACCCAGGUUUUUAACACAUUACUUUCGUACUAAAUUUUCAACUAGUACUAUUUUUCCGUCCACAGUUAGAUUUUAUCCUGGACUUCUUAAACACCGCGUUUUCGAACCAGGGAAUUACUUUCAACUCUUGGGAAAGCGUUUUUUAUGGUUCGGCAUCUAUCUUCUCAGACAUUGCUUCGACUUAUCAGACUACGUAAGUAUAAAUGCUGGUUCUACUUCUUUAUCACUAAUUUAUUUAAUUAACGGAUUGAUAAAUACGAGUAGCGUUUUAUGAAUAGCACUGAGUUGUGUCUACGGAGUCAAAUUUUCCUGUUAGCGGUGUACCUUUACAUGAAAAAAUGUUCUCAUUUUUCUGGAAUUCAGUUUCUAUAAAAUGAAUAUCCGCGCCCUUCUCGCCGGUUUUCCGAUUUAUUUUGACAAAUUUUCUAACGUCUCUAACCAAUGAAUGCGCUGUUUUAAACACGAAAAAGCAGUAGACCUGCACCGUUCUAAGCCUCUUGUUUGACCGGUCCCCUUUAAUCUGCACUUCCAUUGUUUUCAAGGAUAGGGGCAUUGUUAUGUGACAAUCCCUAUUGUUUUCCCAGCUAAUGAAAAACAAUCUUUCAAAUAGGUGCGGGGCCGCCCCGAAAAAGAGAGGGUGUCGUCGGAUUGCACCUUAAACUAAAAAAGGCGUCAGUAAAAAGAUCAAUGCAUAAUAAGUGCUAACAACGAAAACAUAAAGAUAUGACAUCAUAAUAGACAGCCCUAAGUCAAUGUUUGCCUGCCUAAAUAACUGAAAACUACCAUAUGUUUAUACACUUAAAGGGCUGGGUUGCAUAAAGAAUCUUAAGAUUAUAUUGCGGGAACUCGUACGUUCUGUCAAAAACAGUAGGUUAAUCAGGUUAAUGUUCCUAAUUUUAAUGCACCUUUCGAUUGUUUUGAACAGGUUAUAAUUUUCAAUAAAUGGAAGGGCAGGUCACUGACUUGAAAUAAGAGGUCAUUAGUAUGUGUACUCAAACGGUGACAAGUGAAAUUAUUCCCUAAUUUCACGAAUAUACCAUUUGAUUACCUAUUAAUAUCAUGGCUGACGAACUACGUUAGCAAUCGUGAAUUUUUGACAUGUUCAUCGUGGAUCGUAUCGAUCGAGAACUCCACUCUCUCACUUAAUGCUUAGGCCUUAAAUUUGGCUAAGUUCAGAAUUUUCAAAAAUGUUUGACAAACUGUACCUGUUAGAAUCCUUCUUGAUGUGCUCUUUCGAGUGUUCAGGUUUUCUAAAGCAUCUUUUUGUGCCCUGACAUCUUCAUUCACGGCAUUUUAAAACUUCGACGCCAUCUUGACACUGAGACGUAAGGAAGGUUGCCAUGGCAAUUUGGUGAUUUCACAUGUGAAAUUACAAAUUAACGCUGAGAUUUCGCGCCAAAUUGAAGGAGUAAUUCGUCAACUAUGACAUGAUUACGAAUAACAACCUACUGCUCCAUUUCAGUGGCCACAAUAAUGACCUGCUGGUUCUAAAACAAUGCAAAGGUGCAUUAAAUCGGAUAAUGACCUCGCGCUGCGCGUUCGGUCAUUUUUUUCAAGAAGGCCUCUGAGCUCAGGCAUUAUCCUAUGUAUAAUACUCAAGAGUCCUGUAAGAAGAACGUAUUAUGUAACCAGUUCCCGACAUGUCUAAAGGGCAACCAUUCAUGGUGAUAUUUGCUUUAAUUAGCUCCCACGACAUUAUCAAGGACUACAUAAUGUGGCGAGUUGUUUCCCGGUACGUUUCGUCAAUGCCUGAUGUAUUUGUUCAGGCUAAGCUUGAGUUUGUCAAGACUGUGGCUGGGGCGCGAGAAUAUCAAAGAUGGUCUGCUUGUAUUGAGCAAAUGAUGACACCAAUGGACAUGACUCUGGGGAGGAUGUAUGUUGAUGCACAUUUUGACGAAGCAACUAAAACAACGGUAAAGUGACUCCUUUGAUUUAACGAGUUUUGAGUGUAAAGCAGCCGUAUUUUGGGGCUGAUCAUAGGAAAGUUUGGAAACGGAGUGUGAGACUGGGGAGAGAUGGACGAGUGAGGAAACGCACGGAAAUUCAGUUAUGGCGGUUCUCGGUCCAUGCGUGCGGCGAUUAGGGGAGAAAAAAACCAUUCUGAUUCGAUUUAAGGUGUUUCGAUAGAGUUUUUUGGAGACCAUACAGAUAUUUUUCAAUCGCCUUUAAAGUGAUUUUAGUCCAGUCCAAUCGCAAUAAAAUUUUCACCACCAACUGAUCUUCGAUUGAGGUUUGUCAAAAUGUAGUUUUAUGUGGUAACGCGCCGGCAACGAUAAACAAAAAUCUUUGAAAUCAGAUAAAGACGAAUUUCGGUAAAUCUAGACCUGCCAUCUUUGAGUUUUUAGUUUUCCCACGUGUCAGGUGGAAGUACUAGUCUCUAAAGCAAAACAAAAAUGAUAAAGAGGUCUUAAAUUAUAAGUCGAAAGGUGCACAAUAUAAAAAGUCCUGGACAAAAUAGAUAAUGAAGAAUUGACAACUACUUUUACCAGGGGACACAGGCAUCAUGCACUUGAUUUGAGUUUAUAUAUUGUUUUCUUAGCGUUGUUUUUGUUUUGUUUCUUUUAUUUCCGUCACUGAUCAGGUGUAGUUGCUUUGACACUUGCUUCUGUUGGCAUCUGAUGUUGUUAAAAAAUCUUUCUUUUGUUUCAGGUACAGGAAAUGACGACUCUUAUUCGCAAGGCCUUUAUCAGUAACCUCGAUUCAGCGGAUUGGAUGGAUACAGAAACAAAAGAGGCUGCCAAAGAAAAGGUGCAGUUUAAAAUGGCACAGAAGAAAUUUGCCUGAAUUUCAGUGAUGUUGCCUCAGAAUGCUGGAAACCUCAUUUCUGAGGAUUUAAAUUUCGAAAUUUUAUGAGUGUGCUUCCCAAUCCCUUGGAUACUUCUGCUCUAACUGGUCGUUCAUUUUUUAACUUGUUACUAAAGAUCUUAUUUUUAACAUAAAGCUUGCCUUGAAGAGAAUAUAUUUAGCAUAUAUAUUGAACAUAUGAAACCACGCAGGUAACUGUCUCUAUUGGCAGGGUACAAACCAGAAAAUAAAUUCUGUAACUCGGAGUAGUUCAGUUAUUUAACAAUUAAUGAAUGAGGCUGAGUAUCUUAUAAAGAAUAGACCUUGUCACGGUUUUCGACGCCAUCUUGACAAGUAGGCAAACGCGUGAGAAAUUAAAGUGAUUGUAUGAGAAUCUAAUGUCGAAUAAUUUCCGUAGAACGGCUGUUCUGAAAAAAAUAUGACUUGUAAACUAAAGCUUCACUUCUAAAGAUUCUCCUGAAAAAAAUUGAGGGCGUUACAUUCACUUGAAGACCCAGAACCACUUUGUUAAAUUUUCUAUACAUUUGUCUGUAAGAAAGUCCCGGGAAAAUUACAGACAAAUAUAUGGAAAAUCUAAAGCAAGCCUCGGGAGAAAUUUAAGCACAGGUACAUCCCCAAAAUUUUUCAGGACAAUCCUUUGCACUGUAGCUUUAGUUUACAAUUGAUAUUUUUUUCAGAACAGCCGUUUUACGGUAAUUAUCCGACAUUAGAUUCUCAUACAAACAAUGUAAUUUCUCACGCGUUUGCCUACUCGUCAAGAUGGCGUCGAAAACCGUGACAAGGUCUAUUAUGGAGAUCGAGGAGGGUGUUAUCCGUCGAGGCCGUAGGCCGAGACGAAUAACACCCUCCGAGAUCUCUAUAAUUCUUCAUAUGAUACGAAAGCCGUUUUAUUAUUCAUUCAAAAUAAUUCCUAGUUUAAAAACAUAGCUAAAACAAGCUUACCUGCAUCGAUGCAAAGUGUCACUUCACCGAAGAUACACUUAACGUUUAGGUUUGUCCAGCUCCGCAAAUAUUCUCCAAAUAGCAGAUGUCGCCCUCCGAAUUGUCUUCUUGCUGUUUUUGUUAUGUUUUUAGCCAUUAUUUCGCCUAGUUCCAGCUGUAGUUCUUACUCUUGAAACGAGUGGAGUGUCUGCCAUUUUAGUUUUUACAACGAAAACAACUCAAUCUCGUCCCCAGGUCUUCUCGGUUAAAGGUGCAUUAACCUGUAGAAGGCUGCAUUUCUUCCAAAUUUGGUCAUCAGUAACCGGUUAUGGUGAAUUAUGCGUGUGCUUUUAGCCAAUCAGAAUUGGGGAAAUAUUUUGAAUGAAUAAUAAUGCUUAUUAAUUAAUUGUUAAGUUCAGAGUCGCCAACUUUUGAGAUCUGGACCCUGACCAGAAAGUUUUACUAAAAUAAUGGCACUAACACGUAAUAACAUAAUAACAUGCCAUCAUUUCAGGCCAAUGCUAUAAAAGAGGAUNAAUUAUCCGACAUUAGAUUCUCAUACAAACAAUGUAAUUUCUCACGCGUUUGCCUACUCGUCAAGAUGGCGUCGAAAACCGUGACAAGGUCUAUUAUGGAGAUCGAGGAGGGUGUUAUCCGUCGAGGCCGUAGGCCGAGACGAAUAACACCCUCCGAGAUCUCUAUAAUUCUUCAUAUGAUACGAAAGCCGUUUUAUUAUUCAUUCAAAAUAAUUCCUAGUUUAAAAACAUAGCUAAAACAAGCUUACCUGCAUCGAUGUUAAGUUUAACUUCACCGAAGAUACACUUAACGUUUAGGUUUGUCCAGCUCCGCAAAUAUUCGCCAAAUAGCAGAUGUCGUCCUCCGAAUUGUCUUCUUGCUGUUUUUAUUAUGUUUUUAGCCAUUAUUUCGCCUAGUUCCAGCUGUAGGUCUUACUCUUGAAACGAGUGAAGUGUCUGCCAUUUUAGUUUUUACAACGAAAACAACUCAAUCUCGUCCCCAGGUCUUCUCGGUUAAAGGUGCAUUAACCUGUAGAAGGCUGCAUUUCUUCCAAAUUUGGUCAUCAGUAACCGGUUAUGGUGAAUUAUGCGUGUGCUUUUAGCCAAUCAGAAUUGGGGAAAUAUUUUGAAUGAAUAAUAAUGCUUAUUAAUUAAUUGUUAAGUUCAGAGUCGCCAACUUUUGAGAUCUGGACCCUGACCAGAAAGUUUUACUAAAAUAAUGGCACUAACACGUAAUAACAUAAUAACAUGCCAUCAUUUCAGGCCAAUGCUAUAAAAGAGGAUGUGGGAUACCCACUAUACAUAAAAGACGACUGGAAACUUGACCAACAUUACUCCAUGGUAAUGUAGAUUUAUCGUAAUUGAGGCGAAACAUUUUCCCUUAAUUAAAAUGUCCUUUUGUUCUGCCUGUUGCCUGUUUACAAACAAUAACUAGGUAGUUGUGUCUGCACUGAGAAGGUUUGCCGUUUAGUGGCAUUGAUUAGGCAAAAUAUCAGGGUUUAUUAGGUAGAAGGAAAAGGCCGUCUUUUCAAAUCUCUUUUUCCCUAAUAGGCCCUAAGAAGGCAGGGGCAACAGGGGGCGAAACCAGCAAUGCAACAUGGGGCAGCUUGUUUUUGCGCCUUUUGCCUCGCCCGCUUAUUUUCAUUUUUUUUGUCUACAAGAGCAACAGAAAUUAGUCCAUCUAUCACGUGGCUAAUCUCUCUCAUAAUCAAAUCAUGUCAUUGCUUAUUAUCUCGUCUAGAUUUAUACAUUUAUUUUGUUUUGUUGUGUUUUCCAAAAUCACCAGCUGACAAUCGAUGACAAUUAUUUUGAAAACACAGUGGCAAUGAACAAGAUGUUGGUCCAAAAAAACUUUGGAAUGCUUCGUCACCCAGUCAACAAGGAUUUGUAAGUAAUAUAAUGCCGCUUGUCAGCCCAUUUCAGCCAAAGAAGGCUGAAGUUUGAUUGAGGAUGUGCAUCAUUUGAUAUUCCAGAGUUCACCAGUAUAUCCGUAAAAUAGGACCUUCAGGAGAAACAGCAACUAUAAGUCAUUCAGCUACCUUUAACAUGUUGUUUCAUAUUAGUCAGUAAUCAUAUUCCCCAACAUUCUGAUUCAGGCACUUAAUUUACAACAACAAAAGUAACUGCUUUCCCUUUAGAAUCCGCUUCUCUACUUAAAUAUAAGCCACACUACGAGUAACAACUCGUACAAAAUUAUAAGUCAUAAAAUUUCAAAGUCUGGUUAGAAUUUGUUUUCUAAACUAUCAAUUACCAACAUUUCGAUUCUGAAUUUUAAAACAAGUUAUAUACAUAAAUCUGCUCUUCUAGGUGGGGAAUGGGCCCUGCACAAAUCAAUGGAUAUUACAAUCCACAGCAAAAUCGAAUAGGUAUGUGGGAGUUCCCAUUUCGUGGCAGGCAUGUUGUAGUUGAGGUUGGUUAGAAUAAAAAUCCGUCAAAAUUUUACUUUAGCUUCUACUUUGUUUUAAUGAAAACGAAAACCAAAAAUAAACAAGAAACAAAACAGUAGAAGACAAACGUAUAGAGGCCAUCCGGAAUGCACAAUAUCAGAAAGAUUUAACAUUGCUCUAGAGAUUCGGUCUAGAACUCGGAGCGGGUCGUGAGUUCAAAGCUCACUUGGACUUCGGGAUUUUUUUUGAGCUUUCUCGUGUUUAAUUUCUCCUUCUUCCAAAUUGAAAUACAGCAUAGUUGACUGAUAUUUACGCACGACCACAAGUCUUGUUAUGAUCUGAAUAACAGCUUAGUCGCACCAAUCCGCAACCCUGUUUAAUUUUGUACUCAUUUGUCUUUUUUUUUCCAUAGUAUUUUUGGCGGGAAUCUUGCAAUCACCUUUUUACAAGAAAAAUGCCCCAAAGUAAGUGAUACGAAGUCGACUUCGUGACAUUUUGUGGCUGUAAAACUGUUUGUAAACCACAGAGCUCGAGGCGAGAUAAAUGUCUGGCCAGAGAGAUUUUUUUUAUUAUUAUUUGAUAAAACUUGCACAAAAAAGGAUAACCACGAAGCAGCAAACCUAGCUCAAAUGGUCGUUGACACACACCCCUUUCUCACUGAAACCCUGACCUGCCCUUCCUAAUUUAACAGAGGAUAACGCCAAGGAGGGUCUCCGUUAUAUUGGGGUUAUUCUUUACAUCUGAGGUUUUAAGUGCAUCAUAAUGUUAUGAAACAAAUUACAUACUGCUUCCUUUCGCCAGGUAUCUCAACUAUGGUUCACUGGCAAUGGUCAUUGGACAUGAAAUUACCCACGGAUUCGACAAUAGAGGUAUUUUUUCAGUUAAAGAUUCUGCAGGCAUAAACGUUUUCAGACGACACGAAACUGAAUACAUCAAACUUAAUGAACAUGAGACUUACACGUUACGAAUUGUUAGGAAGAUCCUGGAACAAGGUCAAUUUCUGUGGAAAAAGGAGAAAAUAGGCUUUAAAAAAGUCAAGAACACACCACACUGUUUUAUAUUAAAUAUAGUCAAGAUUUAAACAUAGUAAUGUCUUUCUAUUUUCUGUAAGUUCAGACGACGUGGAAAAAUUGUGAUGUGUUCGUUUUUAUUACUGAGUAGCAUCGAUUUUCACAGCUUAAUUCUAAGUUUCUUGGUAAGAUUUCGUGCGCAUGACAUAGGGAAAAAUGCUGGCGCCGUCAUUGCAUCUUUCACAUCGUCCAUAACUACUCUUAUAGACAAUAGUCCCGACCAAUGAGCCUGCGACAAUUUCUACACCAGUUUUUUUUUAUGUAUACCAAGCUGUUUCGUAUAUUCUUAUCUCUGCCCUUUGUAGGUCGUCUUUUUGAUAAAAAUGGAAAUUUUAAGGAUUGGUGGUCUUACGAAUCGGAGUUUAACUUCAAAGAUAGGAGCCAAUGUCUUGUUGAUCAAUACAGCAACUACGAGGUGUUUGGAGAAUACGUAAGUAUAUAGCGCAAUAACUUUAGGGGCAAGGAUUUUCUAAUUGAAGUCUCCUGUGUCGUAAAAAUCGUAAAAUUAAAUCCCAAAUAAACCAUUGGUAAUAAAGCCCAAAAAAAGAACUUUUGGCUAAGAUACUAGCUAGUACUAAAAGUGUUAGCUCUUUUCAAAAAUACGAUGUUAUUACAGCCCAAAAGUCUGUAGCCUGGUUAAAAAGGCAUCCCGGGGACGAAGUGGAAAAAAUACGGUACGUCGCAGGUACGGGGUUGAAGAGGAGCCGAAUUGCAACAGCUUGUAUGAAACGUACUGUCUUACUAUUAUAGGGUUCCAAACAGUUAAAAUUAUGAACAUUUUUAUAAUAAUUUAACAUUGUACUUAUUACAUUAUUGAUUAUUCUUUACGCAGAUAGACGGUCAACAGACGUUGGGUGAAAACAUCGCUGACAACGGAGGGAUAAAACUAGCAUACGAAGUAAGUUGGCAUAUGAACAAAGAUAGAAGUGUUUUUCAACUUUAGAAUUUGUUGCUUUACCGUUUUUUUUAAAGUUCAUUCUCAGUAUAGAAUCAUGUGACUGUGUUACGAUUCUCUGCUAUUUCAGUAUUGCAUUGUUUUACACUUGCAAUGCAUUCUAUCAGUUACCAUGGUACUGUGGAAAAAUGUAUGGAAAUUUGUGUUUUUAGAAUAACGAGCAAGCAACAACAGAGACUGAGAUAUUCUUACAGGUUAUUUUAGCGUGCUAUUUUUUUACCUUAUUGUUUGUUUGUUGUUACAUUUGGCCAGAAAGAAUUGAUUCAGUCGCAGAUCUACACUAUGCAACGGUAUUGUUGCAAGAGCCGAUUACCCGAUUGGGGUAAAUCACUCGAAGAGCUUGUAUGAGAGAUGAAGGCUCCGGGUAAUCAGCUCCUAACAAGAGCCAUAAUGUGACCCAUUAUAGCUCUUGGCUCCUAAUUAUUGAUAUUAAUCUUGAUUUCUCUGUCAAAUUUCCUUGUACUUCAGGCAUACCAGUCCUGGGUGAAGGCCAAUGGAAGGGAGAAUCCUUUACCCGAUCUUUCAAUGAGCGUGGAUCAACUUUUCUUUAUCGGAUUUGCAACGGUAUGUUUUAGUACUCCGGCGUUUUUUCCACCGUCGCCGUUGCCCGUCGUCGUUGCUUAGGGAAGGACCAUAAGGAAAGUAAAGGGGGUGGGGAGUCCUGCUUCAGCGUGGAAAUUUUUUUGGCUCGCUAUGUGUGCAUGUUUAUUUUUUUUUCUGCCUGUCUCAGCUGUGUGCAUUUUUUCACGUAUAAUUUUUCAUGUAGAUUUUUUCUUUUUGUUUUUUUUUUUCGCAACCCGUCUCACCGCCCUCUUCACUUCCUUAAAAAAACGCUACCACGGCUUGUUUGUUCAAACCCUGGGCUUAUACAUCGUCGUAAGGGGUUUUAAGAGGGCUAAUAAAAGGAAGGGCGUAUAACCGGAAUAGAAAAAGUGCUUCGAAACAAGCUAUACUGACAGUGCUGAUCAAAAUACGUUUUCAAUUUACUGAUAGCCUGGGAUCAGGCUCCGCAUUGGGAGAAAAAAGAGAAAAAUAUUGGUGUGCGCGAUAGUCUGGGGAGGCCUGUUCCCCCUUUUGCCCCACUGCCGAGCAACUGCUGAGCCUGGUUCCAGGCUAAUUUACUGAUUUUCAAUUAAGCUUCAAUACUAUACUUCAUAAUUAAUCGAAUUCAUAUCAGUACAUUUUUAAUAAGAGGGAAUUGAUACCCAGGGGGCUUAAAAUCGGAUUGUUGAAAGAGCUGUUUAAUUUUCUCGUCGCUAUAGCACUUGCAACAUUAUUACAUGAGAGAAAGGCUGUUGUGUGCCGCUAUGUGAAGUUAAGUGUUGGGAUUUUCAGUUCUAUACUAAUGAAGUCUGAUUUCUCAGCAAAACAUUUUUGUAUACCUAAAAGUCGUAGUAUUUCUAAUGGCCAAUCCCUAGAAUAAAAACUCUCUCCAUAAUGGACCUCGUUCGAGAUAAGAAAUGAUCUUUUACAUAAAGCUUAAGUAUUAACUAAAUAUCUGAUAUUUUCUCGAAGCACCGAACGGGGACUAGAAAACAGGCUAAAACACGAGCAAAGCCGAUUCUCACCCGGCUAAUUAUAACCAGACGAAGAGAGUAAAUUACGUGGUUCUUUGACUUCUUUAAGCUUACCUUUUCCCCCUGUUUAUGAGCUAUAGUUUCAUCUGUUGUGGCCAGACCAAAACACUGAUUUUGUAGCGUCUGUCGUUGCACCGUUGGGUAAAGCUUUAGCUUUCCAGAAGAUACAAUCAUCACCGACUUAAUUUUUGAGCUUGUCAAAAUUAAAGCGCUCUGUAAAGCAAAAGCAUUUCUGGAGAAGUUGUAAAUGGCGACUUUUCUUUUGACUGCAAAUGUCUCUCGGCUGAGAAUCAACUGAGCAGCAUAAAAUAUUCAAAAUUCCCGCGCAAGAGCAGGCGGGAGGCAUCACCACUGACGAAUGACGUCACAUGUAAAUGUUGACGUCAGAAUUUUGGCUGCUUUUCCCUGGUAAUGACUGUAGGCUAUGUAAUUUUGCAAAUUACUGGCUGCUCAUUUUUUAUGAAGUAAGGCAAAGGGGAACGUGAAAUAUGUAAGGAGAGAAAAACCAAGCGAGAGAGGCUCCGUAGGGCGAGUAGGAGAGAACCCUUGGAACGUGGUUGAGGAGGACAGGCUAAAAAAAGUAUGGUGUGAAAGGAAGGUUUAAUAAAUAAAUAGUAACAAUCUUUUAUUAGGAAACUUUCGUCACAUCAGUGGUUUACAGAGAGACCACAAAUGUAAUGAAGCCCUCCAAUGCAAUGAAAACCGUAUUUGCUCGAAAGAGCGCUCCCUCGAAUAAGCACCCCCCUCAAAUAUGGGCUGUACAGAAAAUUUAAAUUUUCCCGAGGAGGUAUACACUAGAUGCCCCCUACUCUAAUGUGUAAACCCAACAGCAGCCCUAUCUUAAGGGGAGGGAGGGGGGGGGGGGNGCACCCUCUUCCGUCAAAUCAAGAUUUGAUCCUGUAUUCUAACUGUAUAUUUCAACUGUAAGUGCAUUUCUUACCGCAAUAUACGCGUGCACUUCACUCGAGGGCCCGAAGCGCAAAGCAUAGUUCAUAAAGAAUGCAGUGGUUUUUGGCGUGUCUCACAAAGAAAAACCUAUUGAAUGAAGACGCACCAAGUCUCUGUAAAAUAGCUUCACUCUGCAGCGUGUGCAGAACAAAGCAAAAUUAAACUAUGAAAAAAAAUCCGCGUCGACAUCCACAAUAUGUUUUUCUAUUUUAUUUUAGACACAGUGUAGUGUUUACAAGAAGAAAGCGGCUCUCUACCAAUUGAAGAGGGAUGUUCACUCGUAUCCUAAAUACAGGUUAAUAUUCUUCGUCAUGCUUCGUAAUUCGAGACACUUGAUACUUAUUUAGACGCUAUAUAGCUAUUUUUCGAAUACACGUGCAUGAAACGUUUAUAAAAACUAGUUAAUCAGUGCCCUUUUGAUCAGAAAUUAAGUGAAAUGAUAUCAUCAGCAGUAUGAAUACAUCAGAUUUAGGGACGGACCAUUAGGAAACUUAUGGCGGGAGGCGGGCGAAGUACAAAAAAAAUAUUCGCACAAGGGAAAAUUACAUGAAAAAAAAUUCAUGCACGCCAAUUAAUCCUAAAAAAUAUUCAUGCUAUGGCCUAAAACUGAAAAAUUCAUACAAGGAAUUUGAUAACGAAAAAAAAUUCCUGCGGCUCGAAAAUCCCCCCCCCCCCCAUAACUUUUCUAACUGUCCGUCCCUUAACAUGAUACGUAACAGUUUGGGCAAAAACGGGUAUUGCGCAGACCACCCUUAUAAUGCGCUUUGUUGGUUUAUGUGAAGGCCGACAAGACAAGUAAAACGGUCCUACACCGAAUACUGCCAACCACCCUUCCAAUAACAUAUACUCUUAGCAUUGAUUUCUAUUGGCUGAACUAGUCUGUAUAUAUAUUCACAAAACUUUUCGAGUCGUUUACAAUAACAAAGAAAAACCAUCAAACAUCAAUUAUUAAUACCAUUGUUCUUUUGUUCUUUCCAGAGUCAUUGGCUCGCUAUCCAACUUUAAUAAGUUUGCGAAGGCCUUCAAUUGCCCUAUUGGAAGCAGCAUGAACCCCUUGAAGAAGUGCUCUGUAUGGUGA